AUGCGAUACGCCUCGGAUUUGAUUCGAUUAUUUGAUGACAAUGUGAGCGAGCCCAUCGUCGCCUCCGAGUUGCAUCCCACGUUCGUGGAUCUAAACAAAAUGGUGCGCGUGAACAGAGUCAUUGGCCGAGGUAGGGAAGCGGAGCGGCUCCCAUGCAGGGAAAUACGGGAUCGUGUACGAGGCUACCAUGAUGGACUCGAGCAACAAGCGUGUGGCUCUGAAACGAAUCGAAAAGCGAACUGUGACGCAGCAGGACGUGAAGAACGUGAUGGUGCCGCCAUUCUGUAUCGUCUUCGCCGCCAUCCCCACAUCGUGGGACUUCAGCAUUUCUGGGAGGAUAACGCGAACUUCUUCUUGGUUCAAGACUUAAUGCUCGGCGGCGAGCUUUUCCACGCGAUCAUCAACGCCCAUUCCUUCAGCGAGGCGCAGGCGCAGCGUUGCGUGAUGACUUUGCUUUACACGCUCCACUAUUGCCACCAGCGAGGAAUCGUCCAUCGCGAUUUGAAGCCCGAGAACUUGCUGCUGGCCGAGCAGAAUAAUCUGGACUCGAUCCGCAUUGCCGACUUUGGUCUGGCGAACGAGAUUACGAUCGCCAACACGCUGAAGUCCUACUGCGGCACUCCGGGCUACAUGGCUCCGGAAGUGCUGACCAACCAGGCGUACGGCCCCGCGGUAGACAUGUGGUCGCUGGGCGUCAUAGCCUUUAUCUUGCUGUGCGGCUAUCACCCGUUCCCGCAGGGCGACGACAAGCGGAUGUACUACAACAUCACGCAUGGCGUGUUCAACUUUGACCAGGACGCCUGGGCGGACAAGAGCGAGGACGCGAAGGACUUUAUCUCGCGGCUGUUGACCGUGGACCCGAAGAAGAGAAUGACGGCUCCCGAGGCGAUCAACCAUCGCUGGAUGAUGUUCGCCUCGAAGUCUACGAUGAACAUGAAUCGCGCCGUGCAGGAGUUGGAGCGGUAUAACAUCUGGACCAAGGCGAACGCGACCGAUCCUCGCCAGGCUGCGCAGACGGGCAUUCAAGUGGUGAAUUACAUCGCGCUGGCGGAUUGCCUCGUGUAUAUGAACCCGACGACGUUGCAGCAGCCCCUGUUUUCUCUGCCUCGCCAGACGAUUCUGGGUUGUGACAAUAUGAUCAAUGCUGCGGACGGUGUGUGGAUCCAUGUCUACAGCGAGAACCAGCGGAUGGUUUCCCCGAAGGAUGCGAAAGGAAAGUGGGUUCUGGCGGGACGACUGAAUGACAACCCCAUCUGUGUGCCUGUUGGGGCCUCAGUUUUUAUGAGUCGGUUUAAGAAGGGCAAGGCGUACCAUCUGGUGAAGAAGAGCCCGGCAUGUCAAGAGACCCAGAAGGAGCAGAUUCCUGGGGGAUUUGCUGUGAUUGCGGACCGCGUGCUGACGAAUAGUGAAGGAACUUGGCUGGAGCUGAAUCGGCAGACCUUGUAUCAGUUUAAGGUCACGUUAAGUCCUCCGAUCUAUGUGUGCGCCAUAUUAGGUGGGCAGAGCACAUUGUUUGAUAAAAUAUAUGGUGAUAUGUGUAUUGUUUGUUGGAGACUCGUAUUGAAAGUGGGAGGUGAAGGAGGUGGAUCCAAAGGAAGUUCAGCUGCCGUCACCUAUGAGGAAUUGGAGCCAGGCGGUCGGCUAUUCGAUUAUAUCAAAAAUCGUCAGCAAUUUACAGAGAAUGAUGCCAAGUUGAUUGUGCAAUGUGUGCUCUCUGCCAUUGAAUACUGCCACGAGAAUGGAAUUGUGCAUCGUGACUUGAAGCCCCAAAACAUUUUGCUGACCAAAUCGGAUGAUUUAACUUCGCUGAAACUUACAGAUUUUGGCUUCUCUGCUUCAGUAUCUUCAGGGUUAUUAAAGACAUCGCUCGGAACUCCGGGAUAUACGGCCCCUGAGGUGCUUCGAAACCAACUCUAUGAUGCGAGUGUGGACUUAUGGAGUUUGGGCGUGAUUACUUACAUUCUACUGUGCGGAUAUCCGCCAUUUCCCUCGAAUAAUGACGCGGAGCGAUUACGAGCGAUCACGACAGGAAGAUAUCAGUUUUAUCCGAAUGAGUGGGAUUCGGUAAGUGACGAAGCAAAGGAUUUCAUUCGCCACUUGAUCGUCGUAGACCCAGCUCAGCGUAUGUCGGCGUCCCAAGUACUUUUAAAGAGUUUCACUAGGUGA